AUGUUUAGAAAAUUGACAGUUUGUACUAGACUAGAGUCACGUGACAUAACCUUAAACUCGUUCAAUAAGUCGUAUUUACACGGUUAAUUUUCGUAUUUCUGGUGCAAAAUGAAUCAAGCUGAAAUCUCGAAGCUCGUUUCGCAGCUGCGGGUCAGAGUGAACCCCCGUCUUCGAAAAUUAAAAUCGGCGGGGGGCCCCGAGGCUCGCCUAGACAAGCUACGAAAGACAGUCACCGCGUUGAUCAAACACGAGCGAAUUGAGUUGAAUUAUCCGCGGGCGGAUGAGUCCCGGAUGUACGCAGAAAGGUUGAUUUCGGAUGCGAUAAGGUAUGGGGAUUGUCACCGCGAAACAAUGGAGAUGGCUGACUUUUGGUUGAUUGAAAAACAACUAGUACAUAAGUUGUUUAAGGUGCUUGCACCCAGAUUUGUCAAUUAUAGUACGGCAUACACUAGGAUGUAUACAGCGCCUAGUGUGUACCCUGAGGUGGUAAAAAGGGCCGUUUUGGAGCUACGAGGGAAUCCGUAUCCGUCAUUAGUGCCCGAUAUGCACAACAAUCGGAAUUUGAUUCACAACGUUUUGUUGGAUGAAGCGAAAAAGGCGUAUAGGACGCAGAAGUAUGAGGAAAUUGCGGCAAAAAUCGACGCCGCGGAAAAAAGCGUUAGUGAAGAAGCGAGAAAGUAAAAUUAACUCUUAGUAAUUAAUUAGGAAUAAAAAUUGAGAAAAUUUA